CUCCUCUCUGCUCUCUUUUUCCUUGACCACGCUGCCACUCUCUUAUGCCAUCUACCAGCCCACACAAACCCAACAACCCAAUUCCAUUCCCACUUCACACGAAACAACUGCAAGAGUGAUGCCCCCUAAGAAGAAGGUCGCGGCAGCUGAGGGCGGCGAGGCCGAAGGCGGUGCAUUCCGCUGGACACUUGAAAACGCAAACAAGCUCCUCAUCCUGACCCAAGGCCGCUACCUCACGGGCGAAGACUACGAGCGUCUUGUUAGUGUCUUCCCAGGAACAAACCUCAACGGCGUAAAAAUUAAAGUCUCCCGAUUCCGCGUCGAGCAACGCAAGCUUUUCGACGAAUACGGCUGGACGCUUCCUGAUGGCGGCGCUGUCUUGAAGAAAGGUGCUGUCGAUGGCGCAGAUGGUGAGGAGGAGGACGAGUUGGCUACACCAACCAAGAAACCGCGCGGCAGGAAGCCCAAGGCGAAGAAGGAGGAUGUUGAAGAGGAGUAUAUUUCGUCUGGCGGUGGUGAAAAGCGUGAGAGUGUUGGUGUCAAGGAAGAGGUUCUCGACGAGGAGAUUGAGGACAUGAUCUAGGUCAUGUUUUCUCUUCUUGUCUUUCUUGAGAGACCAAUGGUUCUGCUUUCGUUGCAUAUGCAUUCUGUAUCAGAUAUCAGAAGUCGAA